CCGGCCCGGGAAGGGUUAAGCGGCGGGGCCGGCGGCGGGGGGCGGAGCGCGGCCGCCCCGGGAUAAGGCGCGGCGCGGGGCAGGGCUCAGCCCCACCGGAGCCGCGGGCAGAGCCGUGCCGAGCCCAGCCCGAGCCCACCCGUGCCCGCAGCCCACCCGUGCCAUGCCCCGGGGCGGCGGCGGCGGCUGCUGCUGCUGCUGCUCCUCCCGGCGGCGCGGCGGGGGUGAAGGGGGCGAGCAAGCCCCCGCGGCACCGGCCAUGAGCCCCCGGGCAGCGGGCAGCGCCUGAGCGGCGGCCCCGCCAUGCGGUCCCCCACGGCUGGGGACCUGCCCCAAGGCGGGCGCCUGGCGGCCCUGCUGCUGGCGGCGCUGGCGUGGGUGCCCGGCGGGGCGCCCGCCUGCCCCGCGCUCUGCACCUGCUACGUCUCGCCGCCCACCGUCAGCUGCCAGGCCAACAACUUCUCCUCGGUGCCCGCGGGGCUCCCGCCCGGCGCCCGCCGCCUCUUCCUGCAGAACAACGUCAUCGGGGCGCUGCGGGCGGGCACCUUCGGGCCCAGCACCGUCACCCUCUGGCUCUACUCCAACAACAUCUCCUCCAUCCAGCCGGGCACCUUCCGCCACCUGCCCGCCCUGGAGGAGCUCGACCUGGGUGACAACCCCCACCUCCGCGUCCUGGCCCCCGACACCUUCCACGGCCUCCGGCGCCUCCAGGCCCUGCACCUCUACCGGUGCCAGCUGGCCAGCCUGCCCAGCGCCAUCUUCCGCGGCCUCCACAGCCUCCAGUACCUCUACCUGCAGGAGAACGGGCUGCUCUACCUGCAGGACGACCUCUUUGCCGACCUGGCCAACCUGAGCCACCUCUUCCUACACGGGAACCGGGUGCGGGCGCUAUCGGAGGGCGUCUUCCGAGGGUUGCCCAGCCUGGACCGCCUGCUGCUGCACGCCAACCGCCUGGUCGCCAUCCACCGCCGCGCCUUCCGGGGCCUGGCCCGCCUCACCAUCCUCUACCUGUUCAACAACAGCCUGGCGGCGCUGCCCGGGGACCCGCUGGCCGCCCUGCCCGCCCUCCAGUUCCUGCGCCUCAACGCCAACCCCUGGGCCUGCGACUGCCGCGCUCGCCCGCUCUGGGCUUGGUUCCGGCGCACCCGCGUCUCCAGCUCCCCCGUCCCCUGCGCCAGCCCCCCGCACCGCCGUGGCACCGACCUGCGCCACCUCCGCCCCCGCGACUUCGACGCCUGCCCCGAGGAGGAGGAGGAGGAGGAGGAGGAAGAUGGCGGCGGUGGGGUGGCGGUGAUGGGCACCCCCGGACGGGCGCUGGGUCGCCCCGGCACCCUCCCGGCCGCGCCGCCCUCUGCCUUCUACCGCGACGGCCUGCCCCCCCACGACCUGCGGGGACCCCAGCCCCGGCCGCCCCCUCCUUCCCGCGACUCCCGCGGCCCCCCCGGGGAUGCCCGCUGCCCCCAGGCGCCCUGCGCCCCCAUGGCCGCCGCCGCCCCCCGCCAGCCCCACGUCCUCCUGCCCCUCCUGGGUCUGCUCCUGCCCCAGCUCUGAGCCCCCACCCCCCGGCGCCCCAGGGGGGUCCCGGCUCCUCGGGGUACCUGUGCCCCCCUUCUUCCCAGGGGAGGCCCCUAGAACUGUGGGGGGUGGCCGGGGGGGGUGGGCAGGAUGCAGGGGCGUCCCCCCGAUCCUGAGUGGGAAAAACCCCCAACAGGAACCAAAAGGUGGGAAAUUAUUUAUUAAAAAUGGUCUUAUUUUGGGA